UGGAGACGCCCAGCUAUGCUUUCGCCUUUGGACCCAGGCUCCUGCUUGGGAGGCUGGUAGCUGGACCCCCCUAGGAAGAGAUGGUCUGAAGCUCGAAGACAAGAAAAAUCAAAGCAUUUUCCUUUGGGAACCUUCCUUCUCAGCUGGAAAUGGGGAAUGGACUGUCAGAUCAGGCUUCGAUCCUGUCCAGCUUGCCUUCUUUUCAGUCCUUCCACAUCGUUAUCCUGGGCCUGGAUUGUGCCGGAAAGACAACUGUCUUGUACAGGCUGCAGUUCAAUGAGUUUGUCAAUACUGUACCAACCAAAGGAUUUAACACUGAAAAAAUCAAGGUAACCUUGGGGAAUUCUAAAACAGUCACUUUUCAUUUUUGGGAUGUCGGUGGCCAGGAGAAACUGAGGCCACUGUGGAAGUCGUAUACCAGAUGUACCGAUGGGAUUGUGUUUGUUGUGGACUCUGUUGAUGUGGAAAGAAUGGAAGAAGCCAAAACCGAACUUCAUAAAAUAACCAGGAUAUCGGAAAACCAAGGAGUCCCUGUGCUUAUAGUUGCUAACAAACAAGAUUUGAGGAACUCAUUGUCUCUCACAGAAAUUGAGAAAUUGUUAGCCAUGGGUGAACUGAGUUCAUCAACUCCAUGGCAUUUACAGCCUACUUGUGCAAUCAUAGGAGAUGGACUAAAGGAAGGGCUUGAGAAACUGCAUGAUAUGAUAAUUAAAAGAAGAAAAAUGUUGCGGCAGCAGAAAAAGAAAAGAUGAAUGGUGCACCCUUUGAUAUCUGUGUGGAGUAGGUUUCCGCUGGUCUGAUUUUGACAAGUGGAAGAAUGUCCACAGCCUGGUUUGCCUGUCUGCUGCUCUGGAUGCUGUUAAAAGCUUCGUUUUGUUGAACAAUCAGAUGCCCAAUUCUGUUGCCUUGUGGAAGAUGAGCAAAAGCACUGCUUCUAGAAAUGGUCUCUUCUGCCCACCCCAGAAAUCUUUGAGUACUACCAUUUUGGGAAGCGGAAUAAGGCUAGUAAAUUGACCAGGAAACAGUUGUGGCAAUUGACCUGAAGUUAGUGAAAUAAAACUUUGAAGAGUGUC